AUGGACUUCUCGGCGUCCAUGAUCAGCACGACCCGGAGUGGGUACGUCUGGGUCGCCCCGACGCCCAUGGUCAUGAUGCCCGCUCCACAAGUCGAGGAAGAGACCGUUCUGCAGCCAACCUGGAGAUUGUACGCCAACAUCCUGGUAGCGGUCCUACAGGCGCUGCAGUUCGGUUGGUCUACCUCCCAAAUGAACAACUCGAUCUUCAACAACGAAGCGGACUGCAACGCAAGACCCAUCGCACCCGGAACUUGCCUCAUGUUCCCUGGCCACACCAAGACGCAGUGGACCAUCGCCGUCAGUUCCUGGAUCGUCGGCGGUAUGCUCGGCAGUCUCGUUACGGGCCGUAUCUCCAACAAGUUCGGUCGCAAGCCGACCAUGAUGGCCAACUGCCUCUUCAUGAUCGCAGGUGCGGCCGUGCAGGCCACAGCCGGCAACAUUUCCAUCUUCACGGUUGGCCGCGUGUUCGCAGGUAUCGCGGCUGGAGGCUCCACGGCCGUGAUCCCCGGAUUCAUCGGUGAGAUCUGUCCGCCACACCUUCGUAGUCGCCUGGGCGUGUGUUUCCAGAUCUCCAUUACGCUGGGCCACCUGUUCGUUGCGAUCACCUUCUUCUUCGCUAGCACGAGUACUGGAUGGAGGUACAUUGCGGGAUUUCCGAUCGUGUUGGCGACGCUGUUUCUGGUGUUGGCCCCGGUCGUACUCGUGGAGAGUCCGGCGUGGCUGCUGAUGGUGGGGCAGCCGGAGCGCGCAGAGCAGGAGUUGACGCGCUUGUUCGGCGCGGAAAACGUGUACGCUGCGAAGAAGUGGAUCAAGCAGGACGACGUCGAGUCCAAGCGCGAGCGCGAAGGCAGCGUGAGACUUCAGGACUUGGGCAUAAAGCUGUUCUCGGCGGCGCUAAUUCGACAGCUACUGACGGCUAUCGGUGUCGCUGGAGCGCAGCAACUCACGGGUGUCAACGCCGUCUUCUUCUACUCGUCCAGCAUCUUCAAGCAAGCUGGAGUCACGGACGGCCGCAUUGGCGUCUUGCUGGUCAACUUCGUCAACGUGCUGCCGACCUUGGUGUGCGGCAUGCUCGCGGCCCGUGUAGGUAACCGCAAACUCAUCCUCUAUGGCUUUUUCGGCAUGCUGCUGAGUGCUGUAGGUAUCACAGUGACGCUGGUGAUGAGCAUGUCUGCUCCAUCCAUUGUGUUCGUGGCACUGUACGUGACCACCUUCGGUGCGAGUCUCGGGCCGCUGGCCUGGGGCGUUAUGGCUGACAUGUUCCCGGACGACGUUCGAGCCGUGGGCUGCUCGAUUUGCGUGGGUGUCAGUUGGCUCUGCAGCCUCACGAUCGGACUGGUGUACCCGUACCUGGCCGCGGCGCUGGGCAACUUCAGCUUCGUGCCCUUCAUGUACACCAUCACGCUGUCGUUCCUCUUCUUCUUCUCCAUCGUGCCCGACACGUACGGCAAGACGAUCCAAGAGAUCCAGGACGAAUUCAGCGCCAAGUGGUCGAAGAAGAAGAAGAAGCCUCAGCCUCAGUGGCGCAUGUCGGGCGGCAGCCAGAUCCCUGUGCUAGGGUAG